AUGGGCGUCGAGUCUGAUUGGAAUAACUUGGGUAAGCGAUUAAUCUCUUGUUAUGCGAAAAGCGUUCUUGAAGCAGCAGAGAAUCUUGGUAAGAAGCGCUUUCCUCAAUUGAAAGAUCAAAGAGAUGCCCAGCUUGCCAGCACCAUCACAUCUUUGGUGCACAAAAAUGACAUAUACAAAAAUGAAGCCUUCACUGAGAAGGCAUUAAACGCUAUUGAUCUAGGCAAGAUCUUUGCGAGGGUAGAAGAACGAGAAGCUUCCCUGGAUAGUGAAUUGUGGGGAUACGAAGACUUCCUUGUUCAAGAAACCCUAUCCCUUUUCAAGAAUGAAUUUUUCAAGUGGAUAGACAAGCCCAAGUGUUCUAAAUGCGAUCGAAAUGGUGAUAACAUUGAGUUUAUAGGAGUUGUUGGUCCUCCUUUAGUGAAUCCUGACGAUAUUGGACGCAUAGAGAAGUAUAAAUGCAAAGAUUGCGAUCAAACUGUGGAGUUUCCUCGAAUAAACAACCCCGCAAAGCUCUUGGACACGAGGUGUGGGCGUUGCGGUGAAUGGGUAAACUGUUUCAUGCUUGUUCUACAAUCUGUGCUUGGUCUUGAUGCUCAACUCCGCUACAUCUGGAACAGGGAGGAUCAUGUCUGGUGUGAGUAUUACAGCAGAAAACAGAAUAGAUGGAUCCAUCUAGAUCCUUGCGAGAAUGUAUUCGAUGAGCCUUCACUUUAUUGUGAGAACUGGGGUAAAAAAAUGAGCUAUAUUAUUGGGAUUGGAAACAACUACGUUAUUGAUUUAAGCGAUAAGUACAUUACUGAGGAGGAAAAGCGCAUUCCCAAGCUGGACGUCGUCUCAAGCGAGGCAGUCAUUGAAAAGCUCAUCAAAUUUAUCAAUGCACGCCUCAUGUUAGCCUUUUGGGAUAACGACAUAAAACCUCAUCACAGUGGGGACAAGUACGAAAAGUUGUACGAAGAGCUAAUUCUCGUCCAUAACAAGGAGCUCCUUUCACUCAAAACAUGUCAUACAACCAAAGAGCCCAGUGAGGCAAGGGUUCCACGUGGAAGACAAUCGGGUAGUGCGGAAUGGACAAGCGCCCGAGGUGAAGACGGUGCUUGA